AUGGCCCAAACUUAUUACCUGGACUCACCUGAUAUCGCCAUGUUCAAAAAUCCCCUACACCAUUACUCUCAGCGAGAUUGUCCCAGUCCGAUCACUUCGUCUGCCCCGUCCUCGGUUCCUCCCUCACCUCACUUUGCACCGACGACCGAGGAGCAGCUGCCUCCUACUCCAGCAACCCUUAGCAGUUUGUCUCUCUCCGUGAGCAACGAUAGCGAUGACGAGAUCAUCCUACCUUCAUAUGAUUCGAGCCACUUCAACGACUUGGACGAGCCUGUAUCAGCUGUUGCCUCGGACCAGGCCUCAGAGUCUUUUCUCACGGAUCCCCCUUGUUUGCAUGUACAUACGCCGGCCGCUGAUGAUACUUCGGUUGAAGAGGAGCCGACUAGGCAUGUCGAUUAUCUCUCCCAUGAGUGGAAAGAGGAAGAUAUUUGGGCUUCUUGGAAAUAUGUCGUCUGUCGCAGAGACGUUUACAGCAAUGGCACGAGAUUAGAGAAUGCCUCUUGGCGUACUUGGGCAAAACUAAAGAAUAACUUGGGAACGGUGUCGCCCGAGACCCUCAAUUGGUCAGUACUGCAUGAUCUCGUAUUCUAUAACCCCAGCAAAUCUGGUAUACAGUUGUGUCUAUGUAUUCUAACAAGUUUCACCAGGUUGAAAGAUUGCGAUGUAACAUGGCUGUAUGGUCCGUUGAAGUCGUGCACCAAGUUUUCAAAAGCGUCGCCGAGUAUCUCCCCGCCGCCGAGCUGCCUCGAAACCCCCUCGUUGUAUGCGGACAGGAAGCCGAUCUUGAAGAAAAGGACGGCGUCGGAGACUAUCUUGCAACGAUCGCUGUCUCAGCACACCCUCCUGCAACACGCAGGCGCGAUCCUAAAGGCACAAGAGGCUGCUUCUUAUCGGACUCGGCCUUCUGUCUCAAGACCCGAACUUGAACCUCGACUGAAUAAGUCGUCAGCUAACCUUCCAGAUGUUCCGCUCAGUUAUGCCUCUACCAAAGAGUCAUCUGGGGUGGCCUCUCCUAGCGGGAGGCGCCGUAUUCAUUUCAAUAACGAGGUAGUGCAAUGCAUAGCUAUCGACGCCAAGGGUGCCGACGAUGACGACGACGACGACGACGAGGAGGAGGAGGAGGAGUGGCCGGUAGGUUCAGAAGACGAUGUUUUGUCGGACGAGGGUAUCGUCAUGAUGGGACAGCUCCCGCCACAAGAGUCUGGGAGCCAUAAAAGUACGCCGCGAGGCAGCUUCAGUAGCGAGAACAAAAUAAUUGCUCCGCUCCCCCCAACAACCCUCAAGUGUCGAGGAGACACGCCAGAACCGCCAUCAGGCUCGAUGAUAGGGCGAUGGACAGGAUACUUUUCGAAAUCGACUGUCGCGUCUACAUCUUCCAUACCGUCUGAUCCCGCGUUCAGCUUCUUUCUGGACGGCGAGGAUGACCAUCUGGAUUUCUGCUGGCAGCCGAGCCAGAGUCAAGGCGUCGCAGACGGGAAUCAGCCUUGGUUUGUGAAUCCUGAAGAUGAAGAAGAAGAUCACCGACAUCAGCAUUCGAACUCCAGUUCGAGUAAAUUUCUGGAUGAAGGAGAGAACUCGAAUGCCAGCAUAUUUGAUAGGGUUGUUGAUACUGUAAACACAGCUAGAGACAUUGCUCAUGUGAUAUGGAACGUUGGAUGGCGAAGGUGA